CGCCCCCCGCCCCCCGCCCGAGGCGCUUUUGGUUCCGCUUUGCCCGGCCCCGAGCGGGGCUGGCUCGGCUGCUGCCGCCGCGGGCCCGGAGGAGCCGCCGCCGCCGGGUGGAAAAAUUCUCUUUCAACUAUGGGCGAAACGUUCUCCCAGUUCUGGAAGGUCUCUGACCAGAAGGAGAGGGGCGGGAAAUCGAUUCUGCGCAGGAAAUCGGCUGGUGAGGAUGAAGUCACCAAUUAUGGCACUAUCAAUGGAGGAGACUCUGCCGCAUCCUGCAUGCCCUGUGUGGGCACUGUGAGUCGAGGCUACAUCAACUGCCCAACGUGCCAGGGAACAGGAAGGAUCCCCAGGGAGCAGGAGAAGCAGUUGGUGGCUCUGAUUCCAUACGGUGACCAGAGGCUGAAGCCCAGACGAACGAAGCUCUAUGUAUCCCUUGCCGUGACGAUUUGCCUGCUGAUGUCAUCUCUCAUCAUAUUCUUCCUGUUCCCUCGCUCUAUUGCUGUGCAGCCCGCAGGGCUGAAUGCCUCCUCCAUUGCCUUUAAUUCCACCGUUCCCAGUAUCAAUCUCAACAUGACAAACGUGUUGAAUGUAACCAACAACAACUUCUACCCAGUCACUGUCACCCAACUGGACAUUGAGGUCUUACAUCUGUCCGUGGUGAUAGGGAAAACCACCAAGAAGAACCUGCUGAAUAUUGGCCCUUUGUGCAGCAGCCAGAUAUAUUAUUCAAUCUCCACUAUUAUACUGGACUAUAAUACCUACAACAUCUGCACCUGGAUCAAAAUCAAAGUCCACAACGUUCUACUGCACAUACAGGGCACCCUGACCUGCUCGUACCUGUGCCACUCGGAGCAGCUGGCUUUUGAGAGAUACCAGUAUGUGGACUGUAGAGGGAAUGCGACGCUGCCUCACCCACUGUACCACCGCCCACCAUGAUGGGGUCACUGGACAACGACAUUCUUCUGUUGCAAAGGCAAGUUGUACCAGGGACACAGCAACUCCAGGGGCUUCUCUUCCAAGCCACGUGAUUUUAAACAGGACAUUUGGCUCUCCCUUGGGAGGAGACUUUCAGUCUGCUGCUGUUUCCUGGUUACAGACUGAUAGAAUUUCAUGAACUUGGAACAUGCUGCUCUGAGUUUGCAAUUCCCAUUUGUAUCCUGUAUGGGAGUUGGUAUCAGCAGAUUGUGCACACUGUGUAGGGAAAUAGCUGUAUUAACUGAUUAAGAGACCUCUGCUAGAUUGUUAGCUGCCUUACCCUGUGCAGUAUUUCACUGUUGCGCUAGGGGAGGCAUUACCUGUUGGUCAAAUCAGCUCUUCCUGCCAAAUAACGUUUUUGUGCCUGUGCCUUGUGGUGUGGGUGCUCUUGGCUGAAGAGCGUCUCGCCUAGUGAUUCUUGGAUAGCAAUCACAUCCCCAGCUCUGCGAAGCAGGAGAAACCCAACUUGAACUGACAUCUAAGAACUUUUGGCUCUUAAAUAACAAGCACUGAAUAAUUGGCUAAAACUAUGCCUGGUUUGCACAGAGAGGGGUAAGGGUGGUGUAGUGGAUGUUGGGCCAAGUUCCUCUGCCAGGGGGGCUGGGUAAGUAUGUUCAUUCCCUGGCUUUUCCUAAUCCUACCAGAGGGAUUGUCUUGCAUGAAGGGUUGUGCAGUCCAGAUUGAUGCAGCAGCCACGGUCUAUCUUGUACCCAAAGUGAUCAAACUGAGCUGCAUCCUUGCAGCGUGGAGGGGGGGAGGAGAGGGAUUGUUACUUCCCAGAUGGCAGAGGGAGGUGAGGGGCCCAUCAUGCGUUCUCCACACAGCACAUGCCAUUUGCUGGGGCGCUCCCUUGUGGGCUUCUGUAUUAAGGAGCUUAACGAGUGGCAGGAGUCUGACUUGGAUAAGAAAAGCUCUGUUCAUGCAAAUGCCAGGAAACAACAGCUGCCGUUUAUACCUAUUUGUAGCAUUUUCUAUGAGGGAAGAAGCCCUGGCUGCUCUUCCACCCUCUCCAGAGCCUUGUACGGUACAGACUCAUUCUCUGUAGGAACAGCUCAGGCAGAGGACGCACACUCACGUUACUGCCUGCUAGACCCAUGGGCAUAAGCACCCUCCUUAGAUCCCAGUGUUGCUAAUGACUGGCACUUUCUGCCUGCCUGGAUGGAUGGAUGUAUAGAAAUUGCUGGGCAUAUGAUCUGACCCAGAGCAGCCCAGCAUUGCCCUAAACACCUCUCCAGUCAGAUGGGACAUGGUGAGAAAAGCAACAUGCAUCAGAGUAGUUGGGAGAGGAAACCUUUGUGCCUCAGCAAAGAACUAAUCACUGUCCACAAGACCCCUGCCCCUGGGGUGGCGCUUUCAGCAGAGACGCCAAGGAGCCUGACCUUCCUAGAGGUCCCAGCAGGGCAGUGUUCUGUAGCUUGCCUUUCAUCUACCUUCUCGGUGGAUCCAGAGGUCCAGUCUCCAGGGCUCCCAAACUAGCACAUUUCAGCAGAGGCACGUUAAUCAUUAAGUGUCUUUUCCUGAUUUUUAUAUGUUCCAUUAAAGUUGCAAUGGAUUAAAUCCCCGCCUGAGGCAGGGGUGAGGAAGCACCUUGUGUUCUGAAAGCGUCUCUUGUUUGUUGGCUCUUGUGCUUUCCCAUCAUCUCUCACUGUAUAUUUGUAUUCACUGUGUUGUUGCACCUGCUCUGCUAUUCUCUUCUUGCUGUCUCUGCCCCAGCACAGACAUUGAGAGCUGGCUGUGCUCUGGCAUGGCUGUGCCUGUGUUAUAUGCCUGCAUCAAUCUGUUCACAAAUAAAAAGGGCUUUGUAAAUCAGAGUGGUGCUUUCUC